AUGUCGUACGGUGGUUCUAGCGGUGGUUACGGUAACGGCUAUGGUGGUGGCUACGGUGGUGGCUACGGUGGCGGCUACGGUGGUGGCUACGGUGGCGGUUACGGUGGUGGCUACAGCGGUGGCUACGGCGGCGGCUACGGAGGCGGCUAUGGCGGUGGCUACGGUGGCGGCUACGGCGGCAGCGGUGGCUCGCGUGGCGGCAGUAGUGGCGGUCUCGGCGCUGGCCUAUCCACUAUCAACUGGGACCAAGCUGAGUUAGUUCCCUUCGAGAAAAACUUUUACAAGGAGGACCCUGCUGUGUCGGCACGACCGGACGAAGAGAUUAAUGAGUUCCGCAAGUCAAAGGAGAUGACUCUGCGUGGUUCAGAUGUUCCCAAGCCUGUCAAGACAUUCGAAGAGGCUGGUUUCCCUGAAAUGAUCUUGCGUGAGAUCAGCAAGAUGGGCUUCCAAGAGCCGUCGGCGAUUCAGUCCCAGGCGUGGCCGAUUGCUCUGAGUGGUCGCGACUUGGUAGCGAUUGCCGAGACGGGCUCAGGUAAGACGAUCGGCUUUGCGCUGCCUAGCUUUGUGCAUAUUAAGGCGCAGCCACCGCUGAAGUAUGGCGAUGGACCUGUGGCCUUGAUUUUGGCGCCGACGCGUGAGUUGGCUGUGCAGAUCCAAAAUGAGUGCAACCGCUUCGGCUCGGCGUGCCGCGUCCGCACUGCGGCAGUGUAUGGUGGUGUGCCUAAGGGACCGCAGAUCCGCGAUCUUCAGCGCGGGGCGGAGAUUGUUAUUGCGACGCCGGGUCGUCUGAUCGACAUGUUGGAGAUUGGCAAGACGAACCUCCGUCGCGUGACGUAUUUGGUCAUGGAUGAGGCUGAUCGUAUGCUGGACAUGGGUUUCGAGCCCCAGAUCCGUAAGAUUGUGGAACAAAUUCGCCCUGAUCGCCAAACGUUGAUGUUUUCGGCUACGUGGCCGAAGGAGGUGCAGCGUCUGGCUGCAGACUUCUUGAACAACUUUGUGCAGGUCAAUAUUGGAUCGACCGAGUUGGCCGCGAACCACAAUGUGAAGCAGGUUAUUGAGGUGUGCACCGACUUUGAGAAGCGCGGCCGCCUCAUCAAGCAUCUGGAGCAUAUCAGCCAGGAAAACGGCAAGGUGAUUAUUUUCACGGGCACCAAGCGUAUUGCGGACGAGCUUACCAAAUUUUUGCGCGAGGACGGCUGGCCUGGUUUGGCCAUUCAUGGUGACAAGGAGCAAGGCGAGCGUGACUGGGUGCUGAAGGAAUUCAAGUCGGGUCGCAGCCCGAUUAUGGUGGCGACGGCUGUUGCCUCUCGUGGUCUUGUGAUCAACUACGACUUCCCGACCAAUACCGAGGACUACAUUCAUCAAAUCGGUCGUACGGGCCGUGCUGGUCGCAAGGGCACGGCAAUCACGUUCUUUACCUCGGAGAACUCCAAGUCCGCGCGCGAACUCGUGGGCAUUCUGCGCGAGGCCAACCAGGAGAUUCCACCCGAGCUGGACGAAAUGGUGCGCUAUUCGGGCGGUGGCCGCGGCGGUGGCCGCGGCUUCCGUGGCGGUCGUCGCGGAGGCGGCGGUGGCUUCCGCCGCUUUGGCGGCGGUCCUCGCGCCUCGGGCGCGAACAAUGUGAGCGUCGGCGGCUCGCGCUGGUAA